AUGAAGCCCGCCUCGGGUACUCGCAAGCCAUACAUUGGCACAACACGCAGCCUCGUACUCGCUCUUGAUGUCGGGACAACCUUCAGCGGCGUCUCAUACGCCAUCCUUGAGCCUGGGGAGGUCCCCAAGAUCCAUGGUGUCACCCGUUUCCCUGGACAAGAACAUGUCGCCGGCAACUCCAAAAUACCCUCCAUCAUGUAUUAUGACAGGGAGGGCCAGAUGAAGGCCGCCGGUGCAGAGGCGGAGAACGCGUCCAUCGUCGCAGAAGCAGAGGAUGAGAUGUGGACAAAAGCCGAGCUUUUCAAGCUACGGCUACGACCGAAGAGCAUGAAGCUCAAGAUGAACGGCAUGCGCCUCGCUCCACUACCUUUGGGGAAGACCGCUGUCGACGUCUUCGGCGACUUCCUUUCAUAUCUCUUCCGCUGUACGCGCUCGUUCAUUAUCGAUACCCACGCAAACGGCCCCGCGCUCUGGCAUGCGGUCGAGAACGAUACCCAGUUCGUGCUCAGCCACCCAAACGGAUGGGAGGGCGCGCAACAGUCGAAGAUGCGCAGAGCAGCGGUGUACGGCGGGCUGAUACCCGACACGGAUGAAGGACGGGCGCGGAUACGGUUUGUGACCGAGGGAGAGGCGAGUUUGCACGCGUGCGUGCUGAAUGGGCUUGCCGCGGAUAAUCCGUCAGGACACGGGUUCAUCGUUGCGGACGCUGGAGGCGGCACGCUAGAUAUCAGCUCCUACGCGAUUCGCGGGAGUUCUCCACUCGUGAUCGAGGAAAUCGCACCUCCAGACUGUGAGAUAGGCGUGUUCGCUGGGUCCGUCUUCGUCAGCCGGAGGGCUCGUGCAUUCUUUGAGGAGAAACUGAGGAGCUCGAAAUAUGGCACGUCAGACGCGCUGGACCACAUCACGAAGCGUUUCGAUGAGACGACGAAACGUCUAUUCCGCGACAACAAGGAGUUGCAAUUCGUACCCUUCGGAUCGCCUCUCGACAAGGAUCUCACUGUCGGGAUUCGAGGCGGGCAGCUGAAGCUUACCGGUGCGGAAGUCGCCGCGCUCUUCGAGCCGUCAAUCGACGCGGCCAUGACCUCGAUCAAGACACAAAUCGACGCGUCCGGCGGGGCCGUCAAGUCUGUCUGGCUUGUCGGUGGAUUCGCGGCGAGCCCGUGGCUGUUCAGUCAGCUCCAAGAGCGCCUCUCGCGCUACCACAUCACCGUCAGCAGGCCUGACACACAGACAUCGAAGGCGGUUGCAGAUGGUGCGAUCGGAUUCUACUGUGACCACCAUGUCUCGGCGCGGAUAUCCAAGUUCAUGUACGGUGUCGAGUACCUGCGCGAGUUCGACCCGAAGGACGAGGAGCACCUUGCCCGCAAACAUCGGUUGUUCGAGAUGCCCUCCGGGCCCAAGCUGCUCCCUGAUGCAUUCGAUUGCAUUCUCGCCAGGAGCGUGCGCGUGAAGGAGUCAAACGUCUUCAGCCGCAAGUACUGCACCGAGGUGACAAACCUGUCCACGCUCUCCGUGUUCGAGGUCGAGGUGUGGUGUUACCGCGGCGGCGACACGGUCCCGAAGUGGAUCCACCGCUCGUCGGACGCGUUCUCGACGCUGUGCUACGUGCGCGCGGACCUGUCGCCGCUCGCCGGGAGCGCGCAGGCGAAGCAGGGCCGGAACCAGAAGAUGUACUGGACGAUCGUGUUCAGCAUCGAGAUCCACUUUGGGCUGACGGAGUUCAAGGCGAGGAUCAAGUGGGUGGACAAUGUGGGUGGUCUCGUGUCAAACUUGUUGAGCAGCAUUCACUGA